AAACCACAUUUGAAUAUUGUAGCAAUAUAUAAUUUUGUAAUUUAUUAUAUAAAUGAACAAUGUCAGAUACAGUUGACAGAGAAGAUAUGAAAGUUGAACCUGUAGAUUUUUCUGAAACAGAUAUUUGUAAGAGUUGUAAUUGUCCCAGUGAUCCCUACAAUAAACCAGCCUUACGCUGUAACGGAUGUUCAAGAAAAAUUCAUAUAGAAUGCUUAAAACGUGGAAGCGUCCCGGUAUCUUUUGUGGGAGAUGUAUUCUUCGAAUUGAACUGCCAUCAUUGCAGUCCUUUCGGCAAAGAAACAGUGGCCCGUAACAGAAUGCCUUGGCUUAAUGUAAUUGUAUUGACUCUGUAUAAUUUACGCGAGAAAUCAAGCGGUAUCAGUAAAAGAGGAUACUUUCAUUGGAAAUCUGAUAUUAGCACUUUUGUCGAUCGAAAUUGGGAUUGCUUGUUUAAAAAAUCUGUUAAAAAGAAAAAGAACUGGAUCGGAACUAUAUCUGGAACCCUUUCUCAUUAUAGCGGAAUUUUUUUUAAAUCAGGAACAGCAGAAUUAGGAGAGUCUGGUUGGUGGAGAUUGAUAGAUAACGAUCCACCCGAGGUCCUUAUCGCUAAAAACGAAAAGAUGAUAUUGGACCGUAAAAAACAAGUCGGUAACCAAGUGAAAUCGACUAGCAGAUUGCACCAUAGUCCGACUCCGUCGGAAUCAAGUAUUUCAGUCGGAGAUGAUAGCAUCUGUGGGAAUGAAUUGAUAAAAAGUCAAGGGUGUUCUGCAUAUUCACAAGCCUAUGUACAACCUAAUAAAACGUUGUUAGAUUUCUUACUUGAGGAGGAUGAAUUAAGUAAUAUGGAAAUCGAGGAUGAUACAAUUCUUAAUGAGCAAAGUGACACUCCAUCCUUAUCUGAUUUAAUAAGGGAUUGUCAGUAUCAAACUAACAACUUCCAUUUUUCUCAGUUACUCGAUGACUUUACAUCUGAUUGGACAUCCAAUACAGAUGCUGCAUCCGAAGCUAUUACUAAUAUUAAUUCAGAUCAGAUAAAGGAAGAAGAAGAUGAAGAAGAAGACGAUGACGACGAAGAAGACCAAUACGAAGAAGACAGUAGCGAUAGUCUAAGUUCUGUUCAGGAACAACCGCCUAGUUCUUUAUUUAAUGUGACGAAACGGCGUCCAUGGCCCUGGCAAAGAAAUAACAUUGUUGGUAAAUAUAUUUGUUUUACGCGUUUAUUACACAAUUUAUGCUUGUACUACAAUCUUCAAAAAUUCUGUUUUACAGAAGAGAAGGUUCCACGUAUGACGCAUCAGGAGGAAGCAUAUUUAUUGCAACAAGUUAACAAAUCCGCUUUGAAUUCAGCUCCUCCGGAAAUUAGACGAUUUUAUCGAAAAUUAACUGUACGAAAACUGAAACGAGAAUACGGUUUACCUGUACUGGAUAUUGAUCAUUUUGGAUUUAAAACAGAAAUACCCGAUAGGCCCUUGAAAGAAUUUGGGAGGGUGUUGGACAGAUUUUUUGGCGACGAUUUAAGUUCGUUUGAACAAAGAUUGCAGGGAUAUAAUGAACCUACGUCCGUACAUAGCCCGUAUACAAAUAGACUUUUGAAGCCGUUUAUAAGAAGAGAUACUUCAUGCCGUCCAUUGUGGUUAAGAGUAAUGGAUGAACUUCUCAUCAAAGCCAAUAAAUUAAAUCCAAAAUGGAUAUCACCGCCAAUAGCACCAAUCGAUUAUUCCUAUAUCAGGCCACAACACAUUCCCGCGAUUAACAGUCUAUGUAGCCAAUUUUUCUGGCCUGGCAUUGAUUGUAAGUAAACAUGGCAAUUACGUAACAAUUCUAUUCUGCAUUAUAUUCGUCAGUUAUUUUUGCGUCUUAAUUAAUGUACACGAACGUAAAUAGCACGUAUAAGUUUGCAUUUAGAAAAAAAAAUAAUGACGUUGUGUUUCUUUCAGUAACAGAAUGUUUACAGUAUCCCGAUUUCAGCUGUGUCGUUCUGUACAAAAAAUUAGUCGUAGGAUUUGCAAUUUUAGUUCCUGACGUCGGUUACAACGAAGCGUACAUAUCAUUCUUUUUAACUCGCCCCGAGUGGC